ACACCUCUCGACAGGUUUCUCUCCUAGUUCACCCCCACCCCCUCACACACAUAACUCCUCGUCCGACCAGAAGUCAACCCAAAAUGAAAUUCUCCCUUCUCGCCGUUUUCUUCGCGGCAUCGUCCAUCGAUGCUUUCAGCCCCAAAACCGCUGGAAGCCGGGGUGCCAGCGCCCUCCGUUCCUCGACCACCGAUGCUCCUCCCAUGGCACGAUCGCAGACUAAGGUCCCCGUCUUUGACGAGGUUUGCGACACCACCGGAGUCACCCUGACCCGUUUCAUGAACGAGGUCGCCAUGCUCAACCCCGAGCUCAGCGAAUUGACCACCUUGUUUGGUGCCAUCGACACCGCCUGCAAGGCCAUGACCAACCUCGUCAAGCGAUCGCAGCUCCCCUCCAGUGAGACCCUCGGAUACCAGGGAGAGGUCAAUGUCCAGGGAGAAGACCAGAAGAAGCUCGAUGUUAUCACCAACGACCUCUUGAAGCGCGCCCUUCGAUUCACCGGACGCCUCGGUGUUUUGGCUUCCGAGGAGGAAGAUGUCCCCGUGAGUAAUAUAUAUACAUAAUUCGUGGCAGCGGCAGUUGCGUGAAAUGAGAUCCGCGAUCCGAAAUUCCUAGAUUUUCCGAAGCGGUAUCUUUCCAAUGCUCCGUUGAUCAUCGUAGGUGCAACCAAUGGUAACAGUAGAUUCAUCAAAAAUCGGUCGAAAGUUCUCAUCUCACUAAUUAUUUCUUUUCUUCCAUUGUUCGAAACCCAAACGAAACACGUUUUCAKGUCGAUUUGAUCGGAGAUACUGCCUCUGACUCCCAGGAAAUCGUCAUCGAAGAGGGAGAGAAGUAUGUUGCCGUCUUUGAUCCCCUCGACGGAUCCUCCAACGUCGAUGCCGGCAUCCCCACCGGAACCAUCAUUGGAAUCUAUGAACACAGCGAAAACUGUGAUGUCGAUCCCGAGUGCAUCGGAGACGAGUGCACCGAGCAAGAAGCCCAGUGCCUCGCCAACACCCUCCAGCCGGGAACCAACCUCGUUGCCGCUGCCUACUGCUUGUACUCCUCCUCCACCUUCCUUUCCCUCACCCUUGGAAACGGUGUCUACAUCUUCACCCUCGACGAGACGAUCGGAGAAUUCGUUCUUUCCAAGCCCGAUGUCAAGAUCCCCGAGGACUGCAGCAUCUACUCUAUGAACGAGGCCAACUUUGACAAGUGGGACAAGCCACUCAGGGACGUUGUCACCGGAUGGCGCGAGGGAACCGGAGCCAGCGGAAAGCGUUUCUCCAGCCGAUACAUCGGAUCCAUGGUCGGUGAUGUCCACCGUACCCUCCUCUACGGAGGUGUCUUUGGAUACCCCGGCGACACGAAAAACCCCAACGGAAAGCUUCGAUUGUUGUACGAGGGAGCCCCCAUGUCCUUCAUCAUGGAACAAGCCGGAGGAAUCUCUUCCACCGGAAAGGAGCGUGUCAUGGAGAUCACCCCCGAAUACGUCCACCAACGCAUCCCCGUCGUCAUGGGAUCCAAAAACGCCGUGCAAGAGGUUCUCGACGCCUACGCCGCUGAAGAGUAAACAUAGACUAUAUACCACGAUUCGAAAACAAAAUAUCUGACCACGA